AUGCUAGUGAGUAAGUGUAGGAUAUAUGAUAAGGAUAGCAGGGCCGAUUAUGCUUACUAUAAGAGUAUUAGGGAGAGAAAAGUGAAGAAUCAGUAUCAUGGGAAAUUGUAUAGUGAUCCAGCUGACAAAUGGAAGCAAAGGGUUUCAUAUGACAAAAAGCCAAGUGGAGGAGAGACUCAUGCUUCUAUCAAUUGUUUCAAGUGUGGAGAGUCAGACCAUCAUGCUAGUGAAUGCAUGAAUAAAUUUCUUAGGUGCUUCAAAUGUGGAAAGACAGGUCACCAUAUUGCAUAUUACAAGAGUGAUGGGCCGACUUGUUAUAACUGUAGCAAACAGGGUCACAUUAGUACUAAAUGUCAAAAGUCGAAGAAGGUUCAAUCUAGAGGGAAAGUUUUUGCUUUGACUAGGUCAGAGACUACUAUCUUAGACAAAUUGAUUCAAGGUACGUGUUUUAUUAAUAGUAUUACAUUGAUUGUUGUUAUUGACACAAGUGCAACACAUUCUUUUAUUUCUCUUGAUUAUGAUGAUAGGUUAGGUUUGAAUUUUUCUGGUAUGGUUGGGAGUAUGGUUAUCGAUACCCCAACUAAUGGUUCGUUGGAGUUUAAUAGUGUUCAUAUCAACUCUUACGACCAAACGAUACCAUUUCCAGAGUUCAAUGGAAGUGAUGAGUUGUUUGUUUCUACCAAGCAAGUCGAUAACAUCAUGAAGGUUGAUGUUAGGGUGUUCAUGUUAUUGGAUUCUAUGAAGGAUGAGAGAAAAACUAUGAUUGGUUAG